CGUCGCAACUUUCACAGCUGUUCGGCAAACAAUAAUAACAGGUGUCCACGGGGAACCUUUGCACUUUCUAACCGGCGGAAACAUGCGGCAAAUUCAUCGAUUGCAGCAACUCCUACACUUGGGCAGCAGGUGUCGUGUUAGACGAUUCGGCAGUCAAAAUCAAGUGGCCCAGAGCACUGGGAGGAAAACAUUUCCCAUUGGACGGGUGGGCCUGGUCCUAGCCGGUGUGGGUGCGAUUGGCUAUGAUGGCAUUGUCAACGAGUUUACCUACUGCGGGGCAUCGGUGCGCUUUGUUCGCUCUCUAAAAACAGCUGGACUAAUUGCGGCAGAUUAUCUGUUGCUGAGCGAGAACGAUGCCGAGUACGAGCCAAAGCUGAAGGCGCUGCACCAGAAGAGUGCCGAGCGACUGCUGGAGACGUGUCUGCUCAAUGGUGGCCUCUACAUAAAGGUGGGCCAGGGCUUUGCGGCCAUCAAUCACAUUCUGCCGAUUGAGUACACCAGCACACUGUCCAGGCUGCAGGACAAAUGUCUGCCGACGACAAAGGCCGAUGUGCGUAAGGUGUUCCACCAGGACUUUGGCCAGCUGCCCGAGGAAAUAUACGAGGAUUUCAACUACGAGCCAGUGGCUGCAGCCAGCCUGGCCCAAGUCUUCCAGGCAAAGCUGCCAAGUGGCGAGCAGGUGGCCGUCAAGGUGCAGUACAGCGAUCUGCAGAAGCGUUUCAUCAGCGACCUGGGCACCAUCAUGUUCCUGCAGGACAUUGUCGAGUUCUUCUUCAAGGACUACAACUUUGGCUGGAUUAUGAGGGAUGUGCGCAAGAAUCUGGUCCAGGAGAUGAACUUUGUGCAGGAGGGCCACAACGCCGAGCGCUGUGCCGGCGACAUGAAGAAGUUUAAUUUUGUGCAUGUGCCAAAGGUCUACUGGCCGUACACCAAGACGCGCGUGCUCACCCUUGAAUGGAUGGAUGGCUGCAAGAUCAGCGAUCUGGAGGCCAUUGCUGACCGAAAGCUGAGCGUAAAGGACAUCGAUGUGAAGCUCUUUAACACAUUUGCCGAGCAAAUCUUCUACACCGGCUUUGUGCACGCCGAUCCGCAUCCCGGCAACAUUUUUGUGCGGCGAAAUGAAAGCAGUGGCAGAGCUGACAUUAUACUGCUUGAUCAUGGCCUGUACGAGGAGCUGCCAGCUGAGGUGCGUGGCCCGCUGUGUGAGUUCUGGGAGGCGACAGUGUUGCGCAACGAACCAAAGAUGCAAGCAGCAGCCGAGAAGAUUGGCAUCGUGGACCACAUGCGCUUCGCCGAGGUGCUCUUCCAGCAACCCAUUCGCGUGCGCGGCGGCAGCAUACGCAGCAAAUUGUCCGAGGAGGACAUCCUGCACAUGCAGGAGGUGGCAAGGAAGAAUUUCGAGUCGAUUAUGGGUACUCUGAAGGAAAUGCCGCGCAGCAUGUUGUUUGUGGUGCGCAACCUGAACACCGUGCGCGCCAUUAGCCACCAGCAUGGAGAUGUGGUGAAUCGACCUCAUGUCAUGGCCCGCUAUGCCCAGCGCUGUCUCUACAUGCAGCACGGCCGCACGUCGCCGUUGCAGUACUUCCGCUGGCUGUGCCGUCGUGUGUACUUUGAGUAUUGCCUAUGGGCAACCGCCUUCAGGCUGCGGCUCAUGAACAUGUACUUUAAUGCUCUCUACCUCGUGGGACGUGCACCGGCAUCGGCACGGACGGUUAUGCGGGAUAUGCUGAACCAGCCAGAUGGCAUACCGAUUCCAAGCUGAAACAGCGGCAGAUUUUUGUAAUUAUUUCAACUCUAAGUUAAGCAGCAAAGUGUGUAGGGUUUAUUGUGUAUUAAAUUGGGUCUGUUGUAUAGGU